AUGGCUGAUUUAAGCGUAAAGGGGCUAAGUAAUAAGAAGCAUAGAUGUAUGUUCCUGGAAGUUCUUCCAAACGAGUUAUUGGUGGAGAUUAUUGCAAAGGUGGCCUCUAGUUCCAUUGUUGACCUCUGCAGGGUGAAACUAACAUGUAAACAAUUUCUUCAUGCUGCGGAGGAUGAUUAUGUGUAUCAGCAUGUAUCAAUGGAUAAGUUUCCGUUGGUGCCAUUGGCAUGGUUUACCAAUGAGAAAAUAUUAUCAUUCUUUAAACGCUGCAGAGAGAGUAAAAACUUAGAGAUUUUGUACCGUGAUGGAAUGGUACAAUACUUUAAAUCUAUGAGGGUAAAGUCAGGUCUGGAAAAUUUGAAAAAGGCUGCAUUGGGGGGUCAAGACGAAGCCAAAUAUGUUUAUUGUAUGCUUUUGAUGAUGUGCUGUGAAGAUCAGCAAGAAAGAAAACAUGGAUUUGAUCUUUUUUAUUCCUUGAAAACAUUCAAUUGUGUUAGUAGAUGCAGAGAGAGGGUGAAAUCUUUUAUCAAAAGCAUGUGGGGGAUCAAUAAUCUUAUAGUUCGAAAUCACAAAUUAUCUUUAUGUCAUUCCAACACAUGUUGUAACAGCGUGAGGCUGCAGAAACUUUCAAGGAGAUGGUCAUGGUUGGUUGAAGAUGAAGAUGGAGAUGGUGAUAAUGGUAUUUCAUGUCAAUAUUGCGAUGGGAAUUAUGAACUGAGUUUAUUCUGUAAGAUGUUUAAAGUAUAG